AUGCAUGCGCAGGGCCUUGAGGACGAGAUUGUACCUCCCAACCAGGCGCAGAUCAUGUAUGAUGCCAUCAAGGCAAAGGGGACGCCGACUGCGCUGGUGAUGUUUGAGGGGGAGCAGCAUGGCUUCAGGCACGACUCUGGCUCAGAGAGCGCAGGGAGCGACGACGAGAGCGAGGACGAGGGAGUCGAGGGAUACAGGAAAGGGGGAUACCAUCCUGUACGCAUUGGAGAGAAGUACAAGGAUGGACGGUAUGUCGUGCUGCGCAAAUUAGGGUGGGGGCAUUUCUCCACAGUGUGGCUUGUACAGGACAUAAAGACAGGAGUGGAGGCAGCGCUAAAGGUGCAGAAGAGUGCUCAGCAUUACACGGAGGCUGCCAGGGAUGAGGUCACGCUGCUGACACAGAUCAAGGAUGGCGAUCCUGAGAACGAGAAGCACUGCGUGCGGCUAUAUGACUGGUUUGAGCACAGCGGUGCCAAUGGCCGCCACAUCUGCAUGGUCUUUGAGGUGCUGGGAGACAACUUGCUGUCGCUCAUAAAGGUGUACAAUUACCGGGGGAUCCCUCUGCCGCUGGUGAAGCACAUCACUAAGCAGGUGCUGGUGGGCAUUGACUACAUGCACACCAAGCUCAGCAUCAUCCACACUGACCUCAAGCCCGAGAAUGUGAUGCUCACCGAAGCCAUCCGUCCGCGCAAGUGGCUGCAGCCUGUCAACACUGCCUCCACGCCUGCCCCAGCUUCCGCUGCUGAGCCGGCCUCUGCAGUUUCUGCAGCGAACAGCGCCAAUCCGGAGGGGCACCUGGCGGCGGCUGCGGCGGCCGGCGUGGCACUGACGAAGAACCAGAAGAAGAAGCUGAAGAAGAAGCUGAAGAAGGUUGGCAGUGCGCCAACUGACUCGGAGGCAGACUCACAGCAGACAGGGCACGACUCAGAUGUCACAUCCGGCGCAGCAGUCACAGCUUCUGCAGAGUCAGGACUUAGGAAUGGCCAGGACACCUGUGAAGAUGGAGCAGAGCCUGACAGCCAAGCACAAGCAGGAGACGAAUAUGAUGGCAGGGGCAGCGAUGAAGAGGAACCUGCAUCAGCGAAUGCUGGCUUGGAGGAGCGGGUAUUGGCAGCCAGUGCCAAGGUGGUGGACUUUGGUAAUGCCUGCUGGACACACAAGCAAUUCACCAGUGACAUCCAAACUCGGCAGUAUCGCUGCCCUGAGGUGCUCCUGGGCGCCAAGUACUCGACGCCAGCGGACAUGUGGUCCCUGGCAUGCAUGGUGUUUGAGCUGGUCACCGGCGACCUCCUCUUUGACCCUCGAUCUGGCAAGGACUACGACCGGGACGAGGACCACCUGGCGCUGUUCAUGGAGCUGCUGGGGAAGAUGCCGCGCAAGGUUGCGGCGACGGGCAAGUACGCCAAAGACUUCUUCAACCGCCAUGGCGAGCUCAGGCACAUCAAGAAGCUGCGCUACUGGCCGCUGGAAGCCGUGCUGCGCGAGAAAUAUGACAUGCGCGAGGCCGAGGCGCAGCUGCUGUCGGACUUCCUGCAGCCGAUGCUGGAGUAUGUGCCGGAGCGGCGCGCGACGGCGGCAGAGAUGCUGCAGCAUCCCUGGCUGCAGAUCGCCCUGCACCCGCGCAGCCGCAGCCGCAGCGCGCUCUCCACCGCCACCACCGUCGGCUGCGAUGCGCGGUCCGAGGA